GUAGCUAGGACAUUUACAAGGCUAAGACCAGGCUUAGAGACAGCCAAGAAGGGAGCUGUAAACUUUGGUCUCAUCAAGAUAUAAAGAUUGCUACAGGAAUGAAAGAGAAGAAGAGGCAGCUUUUUUUACGUUUAAAAUGUUCUCUCUCUAACAAAGUGUUUCCAAGGCACUCCAUUAUACUAAAUUGUCAUCAAUCCUCUCAACAAUUCUACAAGGAAGCUACACACAUCUACAAGGAAGAUGUGAAACUGGGGGCUUAAGGAGAUUGUAAGCCCAACCCAAGAUUUCACGGUUAAUAAGCAUACAUUCCACUGACAGUGCCCUUGAAAAGGUGUGGACACAGUAGUGAGGGAUCAGGUGGAGCUAGGGUGUUUCUCCUCAUCACAUCCUUGAGACAAGAGGAGGUAAGUAGAUUGUGAAGCUGCUAUCAGAACCCCAGGAUGCUGGCUGUUAGAGUAUUACCUUCAUCUGUGCUCUGACAUGUUCUAGAAAAUUGGCUGGAUGCAGAGGAAUGAACAGAGUGGUUCCUGGAAAGAGGUCCCCAGCAUCUAUGUGAUUCUGUGAUAGGAGAGAGAAUCCCAAGCAGGACCAGGACAGGAAGGAAAAUAAUAGAAUUCAAGCCAUUUUCCAAUCUUCUUCCUGGGGGCAGAUCAGGGAUUUUCCAUCUUUUCAGCAGUUCUUGGAGUCUCUCUUUCCCCAGCUUUUUAAAAGCUCCUCUCCCUCCCUUUCCAGAGCUUAUUGGAGGUCUGUCCCUGGCACGCGCCCUCCUUCGCAGGAACACAGCGUGAGGUGGAGACAGGAUAGGUUGGGACACAAGAUCCAGUUCAGUGUGUGUCCCAGCCCAGUCCCCUCACUGAGCCCCAGUCCUCAUCUCCCCCUGGUAGUGGGGCUCAGCACAGAGAGGCAAAAGAACAGAGGGACCCAUCCGAUUAGAGCCCUCAUUGAAGAUUAUAUCCUAAGCAGAUACCCCCUUCCGAACCGGGGAUGUAAGUGUUCUGAAACUAGAAAAUGCCAGGUCUGAAAGAGAGGAAAGAACAAGUCCAGCAAUACACAAGGCUCUGUGUAUUCAGAGGGAAGUUGGCAGGGUUGUGUUCGGGCAGAGAAACUCCGAGUGGUACAAAGGGACGUGCCCAGAGUGGAGAAAUCAUGCUAAUUGUCUGCACCAGAGCUGGAGAACGCCACCCAAAAUGAAGAGAGAAAGGGGAGCCCCAUCCAGAGCCUUCAGUGCCCUGAGCCUCACUCCUUUUGUCUACCUUCUUCUGAUCCAGACAGAGCCCCUGGAGGGAGUGAACAUCACCAGCCCGGUGCGCCUGAUCCAUGGCACGGUGGGGAAGUCAGCCCUGCUUUCCGUGCAGUACAGUAGCACCAGCAGUGACAAGCCCGUGGUGAAGUGGCAGCUGAAGCGGGACAAGCCAGUGACGGUGGUACAGUCCAUCGGCACAGAGGUCAUUGGCACCCUACGGCCUGACUACCGAGAUCGCAUCCGCCUCUUCGAAAAUGGCUCCCUGCUUCUCAGUGACCUGCAGCUGGCCGACGAGGGCACCUAUGAGGUUGAGAUCUCCAUCACGGAUGACACGUUCACUGGGGAGAAGACCAUCAACCUCACUGUAGACGUGCCCAUUUCCAGGCCACAGGUGCUGGUGGCUUCCACCACUGUGCUGGAACUCAGCGAGGCCUUCACCUUGAACUGCUCGCAUGAGAACGGCACCAAGCCCAGCUACACCUGGCUGAAGGACGGCAAACCCCUCCUCAAUGACUCGAGAAUGCUCCUGUCCCCUGACCACAAGGUACUCACCAUCACGCGCGUGCUCAUGGAGGACGAUGACCUGUACAGCUGUGUGGUGGAGAACCCCAUCAGCCAGGGCCGCAGCCUGCCCAUCAAGAUCACCGUGUACAGAAGAAGCUCCCUCUACAUCAUCUUGUCCACAGGAGGCAUCUUCCUCCUUGUGACUUUGGUGACAGUCUGUGCCUGCUGGAAACCCUCCAAAAAGUCUGGGAAGAAGAGGAAGCUGGAGAAGCAAAGCUCCCUGGAAUAUAUGGACCAGAAUGAUGACCGUCUGAAACCAGAAGAUACCCUCCCACGAGGCGGCGAGCAGGAGCGGAAGAACCCCAUGGCACUGUAUAUCCUGAAAGACAAGGACUCCCCGGAACCCGAAGAGAACCCCGCCCCGGAGCCUCGGAGCGCCACUGAGCCCGGCCCGCCCGGCUACUCUGUGUCGCCGGGGGUACCCGGCCGCUCGCCGGGGCUGCCCAUCCGCUCGGCCCGCCGCUACNUCGCGUUUGCUCUUGGUUCACCGGCUGUGUUCUCAGUGGGUGGCGAGGCAGAAGUCAAGUUCAUUCCUUUGACCUAG